CCGUGUCAACCAACUCCAUCCGAAGGCCGACUGACUUACUUAAGUAGGGAGAUAACACCGGCAGAAUCCCACCGCCCGCUGUAGCCUCGGCGAUAUCGACCGCCUCCGUCACAUUCAAUGGAAGCAAGUCCGGAGGAACGAUGGACAGCGGACGGAAACUCAUUGAUGUCUUCGUGUCUGGGAGCAGUAUGAGAUGAUCAUCUUGCGUGCAUUUCCGUGACGUGAACUUCUUUCUUUCCCCGUCUUUCGUGUCAGUUGGCAAUCAUGCUCCGGUUCCGCACCGAGGGCUUCAACGGGUGCGCCGUCAAGUAUUCGCCCUUCUUCGAUUCCCGCAUCGCCGUUGCAGCGUCCGCCAACUUCGGGCUUGUGGGUAAUGGACGGCUCUAUAUACUGGAUCUGACGCCAAAUGGGAUUGUUCCCUUGAAAUGGUUUACAACUCAAGACUCGCUCUAUGAUCUCGCAUGGUCCGAGAUCCACGAGAACCAAGCUCUGGUCGCUUCCGGGGAUGGAAGUAUCAAGCUCUUCGACUCCACAGUAAACGAUUUCCCCGUUCAAGCAUGGAAGGAACAUAAUCGUGAAGUGUUCUCGGUACAUUGGAAUUUGGCUGCAAAGGAUCGAUUCUGUUCCAGCAGCUGGGAUGGAACGGUCAAGAUCUGGUCACCGCAGCGGCCGCAAUCGCUGUUGACGCUGCCAACACACAGCUGCACUUACUCCGCCGAGUGGUCUCCUCAUUCCCCUGAUAUUCUGUCCUGCGUUUCGUCGGACUCAUACGUGCGUCUCUUCGACUUGCGCACGCCAGCUUCAGCAUCGAAUCAUCUCACUCUUCAGAUUCCUAUUCAUGGAGCGUCGUCAACACUUGUCCCGAUGGGUAAUAAACCAGGCAUGGCUACUGCCCCUGCGGCAGCACCACCGUCUGAAGCUCUCACACACGACUGGAACAAGUAUCGACCCUCAAUUCUUGCCACUGCUGGUGUUGAUAAGACUAUCCGGACAUUCGACAUUCGCGCUCCGCAGCAAGGUCCACUGGCUGUAAUGGUCGGACAUGACUACGCCGUCCGCAAGAUAGCCUGGUCACCGCAUCUACCCGACCUUCUUCUGAGCGCAAGCUACGACAUGACAUGCCGUGCAUGGACAGAUCGCUCCUCGGAACCAGGCGCUGGCGGAGACGGGGAUAUCAUGCGCGCAGGUCCUGGGGGCCCAAUCAUGGGUAGAGAACUAGGCAGAAUGGGAAACCACACCGAGUUCGUCACCGGGAUAGACUGGUGCCUCUUUGGCAGCGAAGGAUGGUGCGCCAGCGUAGGAUGGGACGAACAAUUAUUAGUAUGGGACGUCCGAGCGGUGAUGGGAUAGUCUGUUGCGCAACGACAAACUACAUCUCUUUUCUUUUUUUCCCCGUUCUCUUUUUUGCCCCUUUUUCUCCCUUCUUGUUCUACUUAACGAUUCCCGGAUGAGUCAAAUUGGCGUCUUCUUGUUCUUUUGAUGAUUAUGAUGUGUGUAAAAAUGGAGAGAAAAGGAAGAAAUGACGUUCUUACGUCUCAUACCAUCGAUCGUGUGGAAGGCACUGGAUAGCGAUGUCUUUAUGGUACCCCUGCAUGUGAUAUGUUCUAUAUCUAUAUCUUCUCAAAGCAAGCAUCUCUUACGUUGUGGAUAGACAUGAGUAUGAUUAUUUUAUACCAUCCCCCCCUUUUUUCCAUCCUGAUACGGAGUACAUCGCAAAGAGUAUGUCGUAUACAUACACACUUGGAGGAAUAGUAUUAGGCUGCUUCAUGGAUUGAGAAGAUCACAGA